AUGUCUGAAACGCCGGCGCCCAGUGCCGAGGGCAACCAGCCCAAGGCUGUAAAGGACAAAAACUGCGAGUACUGCGGCCAAGCCUUCACCUCGUCUUCCCUCGGCCGACAUCUUGAUCUCUAUAUCAAAGACAAAAACCCCAAGCCCCCGGAUGGUGUUCACGACGUUGAUGCUAUCCGGAAGCUCCGCGGAAACAUCACUCGACGCCAGCCUCGAGGCUCGCUUGGUGCUCGGAGGGAUAAUUCCACCCCCGCCGGUACUCCGAAACCGACGGCCAGGAAGGUAUCCCCUGGACAAGAAUCAGAAAACUUCAAACCUUCUGCUUUGCCCAAAGAUGGUCAGUACCCUGUCGGAUCAACAACCAUCAAAUAUCCUUAUGCUACCCCAUGGGAAGCCACGGGCGUCAUAAAUGAUCUUCCGGGCAAGAAUGCCUGGGAUGGCAAUGCCCCUCAAGAUACCAACAAGCGUCCUGGGGUAUCAAGGAAUGCUAGCAGACAGAUGGCCCAGAAGGCUCAGUUCGAUGUCAAGCAAAAGCUGACUGACGCUAUGGACACUGCUAGAGCUGCAGAGCUGGCGCUCAGAGAACUUCUGAGCUCGUGGCGGGCGGCAAAACAACAGGUUGAUGGCAACUCGUCACCUUUUGAUUUCGAUCCACUUGCUCUGGAUUUUCCAGCUCUUACUCUGCAGUGCCUUCUGCCACCGCCAACCCUGUUCUCUUCAACCCAGCAUCCUACCUCGACAUCCUGGUCUAUACAGUCUCCCGGCCAGCGUGAGUAUAAAGCACUUCAGGUCUUCUUCCAGGAAGAAUUCAAGGCAUGGAAGAUUACAUGCGCUUCAGCCACGACGGCGGUGAUGGAGGAGAUGGCAUAUCCCCCGACCGGGGGGCCGUAUAGAGACGUGAGAGAUGCCGUAAAGAGGGCUGAAAGGGCAGCUGAAACGCUUGAGCAGCAUGUCAACGAACACCUGCAGUCUGCGUAUGCAGUUUGGGAGCCCUUGCCGAAUCAGCGGAAAAGUGAACUUUGGCUUCUUGAGCUGGCACGUGGAGUGGGCCGCAAGCAUAAGGAAAUGGAGAAGAUGAAAGAGCAGCAUCAUAAGCUCAAACAAGAAAAUACUAAUCUCAAAUCACACAUCGACCAACUCAACCGACUACAGCAGCCGAGAGAAUACAAGGUGCUCUCGCCCUCUACCAUUCCUCUAGAACGAGAAGUUCUUGCGUACGUCUAUGAACAGGGCGUUACGGGGACUAAGUUUGUUGGCUAUGAGCUCGACGAUCGGCACCUGGACUUGAACGCCCUUGUAGCCAAGUCAAUAGACCGAUGGAAGAAUGUGAUUGUAUCGAGUCGCGUUACCGCUACCGGGAUGACUGCACAGCGGCCCCUUGAUCAGACAGCGGCCCAGACACCUGCUGUGGGAAACCAAAACAGUCCGUCAGAAUCCCCGAGCGCCGUUCAAACACCACAGUUGACCCAGCCGCCGCCGCCGCCGCAGCUCGAACAGAGGCUCUCGACCGCAAGCACGAAUGGUCUGGCUAGUGAGCAAAGCGCAUCAUCUACGACUAACACCGGCCCGCCAUCUAUCGAAGAAACAAGCGAUCAAGAUGCCGAUGCCGAGAUGGAAGAUGAUGAUAGUUUUGCCAUGAUGAGCCAAUCACCUAUUAAACCAUCGCACCCUCCUAUGCAGCAGCAAGCACAGCUUGAUGUGUCUCGGACUCGUGGUCCCAUGACCCAGCAGCAGCAGCAGCAGCAGCAGCAGCAGGUCCAACAGCAGGUCCAACAGCAGGUCCAACAGCAGGUCCAGCAACAGGUCCAGCAACAGGUCCAACAGCAAGUUCAGCAGCAAGUUCAGCAGCAGGUUCAGCAACAACAGGCUCAACAGCAACAGGCGCAGCAACGCAACGCGGCAGAUAUGCGUUACAUGAUGCAAAAUGGAGCUGGAAGCCCUGCAAGCAGAGCGGCCAUGGCUAUAAAUCGUGCUAUGCCCAACAUGAACAUGGCGGCGAUACAAGCCAGUGCCAUGCAUGGUGCAGACAUGACCAUGGCGAUGCAAGGGAUAUUGGAAGAGGCGUAUUUUCGGACGGUUAAUAGAAGGGACGUCUCGUUUAUUUAACGGUUGUACACUGGCCAUCAUGGUGCCGGCAUUCAUUUCGAGCGACGGCCUUGAUACAAAAUUUUUCUCUUUUUUUUUCUUCUCUCUUUCAAUGCGUCAUAAAAAAUCUCACGAUUAUUCAACAAAAAAGGAACAAUCAGCAUUUUCUGUGCGCCUCCAUGAUGUGUUAAUAUAGAAACCGCAGCAUUUGGCCGGAUAAGAAGCAUAUAGAAUGGGGGGAGGAUAGGUCUAGGGGACUGGGAGAAUAUUGUUUUUACUGCCGUGCUCUUUUCAUUCUUUUUGCUUUUGGUCUGUUUGUAGAAUGGGACAAGAAGAAAGAGUUGUCAAAUAUUUGUGAAACUACUAUUGGGCAUUCCAGACUAGAAAUCGAAAGUUAGGAGUAGGCGUUAAUAGGUGAAAUUUAGAUGAUUUUUUUUUUCUUC